UCGUGAGCCGGGCUCAGAACUGCGUCUCUCGACCCAGGCGCUGGUUGCCGUAGCUGAGCGAGUGAGCGAUGCUGCCGCCGCCGCUUCCUGAUUGGCCGCGGGUAGUUAUCUCUUCGUUCUGAUUGGCAGCGAGUGAGCUGGACGAUGCUAAGCAAGGGUCUGAAGCGCAAGCGGGAGGAGGCGGAGGAAGCCCUGGGAGUGGACGCCUGGUGGCUGGAUCCCGGCCACCCAGCCGUGGCGCAGACACCCCCGGCCGUGGCCUCCAGCUCGCUGUUCGACCUCUCAGUGCUCAAGCUCCACCAUAGCCUGCGGCAGAGCGAGCCGGACCUGCGGCACCUGGUGCUGGUGGUGAACACGCUGCGGCGGAUCCAGGCGUCCAUGGCACCCGCGGCUGCCCUGCCACCCAUGCCCAGCCCACCCGUGGUCCCCAGUGUGGCCGACAGCCUGCUGGCCAGCUCGGACGCCGCCCUCUCGGCCUCCAUGGCCAGCCUCCUGGAGGACCUCAGCCACAUCGAGGGCUUGAGCCAGGCCCCGCAGCCCCACGCGGACGAGGGGCCACCAGGCCGCCCCCUGGCGGGAACCCCACCCAGCCUGGGUGCCUUGGACCUGCUGGGCCCCGCCACGGGCUGUCUGCUGGACGAUGGGCUCGAGGGCCUGUUCGAGGACAUCGACACCUCCAUGUAUGACAGUGAACUUUGGGCACCGGCCCCGGAGGACCUCAAAGCCGCUCCUGAGGGGGGACCGGGCAAGGAAGCCGCUCCGGAGCUGGACGAGGCUGAGCUGGACUACCUCAUGGACGUGCUGGUGGGCACGCAGGCCCUGGAGCGGCCACCAGGGCCGGGGCGCUGACCCCCCGGGGCUGCACUGCUUGGCUGGAGUCUGAACUGAGCCUGGUGGCUGGACCAACGCUCCCUGGAGAGACACAUCUGGCUUUCCUGGAACCCGGAGGGGGGCUUGGGCCACUUUGGAGAGGCGGACUGUGGUCUGCUUGUCUCAGGGCCGGUGGGGGAGCCUGGUAGGGGCCCCUAGCCAUGGAGCGGCCGGGUCUGCUGGCUGGAAUGAGACCCGGCCAGGCCUGUGCUGAACUGAACCCUCCAGGGCCACAGCCCGGGCUGCUCCUUGCCUGAUGCGGGGAGAGACUUUCAACGGUUUUUUGACAUUAAAACCAGCCCGGGAAACCUC